AUGAAAAGUUUUUCUAUAGAUAAUAUUUCAUCUCAGAAUUUGAUGAAAUCUUCAGUACAAAGAAGCAUUAAAGCCACGAUAUUAAAAGAUUACCCGAAAUUAGAAGAUUAUAUUGAAAAUAUUUUUCCAAAAAAAGGUUCUUUGUUUCUUGGAAAAUGUAUAAAUCAUGUAACAGUAAUCAUUGGAAAUCAAGAACUUCUUUUUUUCCAAAUUAGAAAUGGUCCUUGGAUUCCUAGUUUAAAAUUAGUACAUAAAUAUCCAUUUAUGAUGCCAAAAAUCCAAGUUGAUAAAGGGGCAGUUAAACAUGUUUUAAGAGGAUCAAACAUAAUGUGUCCAGGAGUUACAUCUCCAGGAGGAAAAUUAGAAGAAGAAGUGGAGGCUAAUAAAGUUAUUCAAAUUACAGCGGAAAAUAAGGAGUAUGCUUGUGCUGUUGGAAUAACAACUAUGUCAACUAAAGAAAUAGUUGAAAAAAAUAAAGAUAUAUGUAUAGAAAAUAUACACUACUUAAAUGAUGGAUUAUGGAAUUUUAAAAUAGAAAAUUAA